AUGCCCAAUGCCGGCCCUCGCCCGAUGCCGCCGCCGGUGAUCUACACGCCCGUGCGCCCCGUCGUCUAUGUGCCUGUCGGUCGUCCGUACACCUAUCGCUACGUCUACUACCCACCCCGGGUGUACGUAUACUACCCGCUGUACAUUACGCCGAUGUAUUGGACCCGAUACCCGUGCUACCAGACCAACUGCCAAGCGCGCUACAACCAGUGCCUUGCCAUGUACGGCAACGACGGCUGCGUCUGCUACCCCGGCUUUCUCCAGUGCGUCCAGACCAACUGCUACAACGACUACACGCCUGCGUACCAGCAGUGCCAGUCAGCGAUCCCGAACGCCAACCGCUGUGUCUUGACGUGCGCGCCGCAAGCGUACCCGGACCCGGCCGUCGCGCCCGUGCAGUACAGCUUGUACUCGACCCUGUGGAUCCAAGGCGCCAACGCAACAGGCUUCCAGAACUACGCGUAUGCGUUCUCCGAGACACUGGCGUCGUACCUGAGCAGCAACGGAAAUGGCUCCACUGGUAGCAGCAGCACGAUCGGCAACCCGCCCGUGGACAUGGCGAACAUUACGCUGUCGGAAGUGGCCGACGUCGUCGUCAAUGAUACGUCGCUCUUGCAGAUCGACCUGCUGAUCAAGCGACCGACGUUCGAGGCGCUCAAUAUCACAGCCACCAAGCUCAACGCGCUCGUGGCCAACACAUCGAUUGAGUUUCAGAAUGCGCUCGUCAAGGCCGGUGUGCUCUUUGAGACGACGCAGCUCACGGUGCAGACGGCGCAGACGAGCGUCGAUGCGCUGGACAGCAAUGGCCAAGUGAUUGCGCCAAACGACUCGAGCGACGGUGUAUUUGCCAAUGCCGGGGCAGCCCUUUGCCCGACGAUGUUAGUCGGCCUCGUAGCGUGGGUCUGCCUGAUCGCGGGCGCGUAG